AUGCGCUUCCCCAAUCUCAAGCCCAAGCAGCCCGACUCGGCCGAAGUUCCAGCUUCUCAGCCGAGCCACCAUGACCUCGAGCUCAAGCGGCUCUGCAAGGACCGGGACACGCGGUGGUAUGCUGGCCACCUGCUCAAGCUUAACCUGGUGCUCUUCUUCUUGCUCAUUACGAGCGCUUCCAACGGGUACGAUGGGAGUAUGAUGAACUCCCUCCAGACAUUGUCUUACUGGCAAGACUACUUCGGCAACCCCUCUGGCGGUCUCUUGGGUCUCUUGAACGCUAUCCAGAACCUGGGGAACCUGGCGGGACUGCCGUUCGCCCCGUUCUUGAAUGACAGGUAUGGGAGGCGCUGGACCUUGUUCCUGGGAUGUAUCGUUAUGAUUCUCGCUACGAUCAUUCAGUCCGCUUCGCAGAAUCUCGGCAUGUUCCUCGUCGGACGGUUCCUUAUUGGCUUUGGAAACUCCUGGGCGUCCAUCGCAGGCCCGAUCUUGCUCACUGAACUGGCGUUCCCGACGCACCGCGCCCCGAUCACGAGUUUGUACAACUCGAUGUGGUACCUCGGAUCUAUCAUCGCUGCCUGGACUACCUUCGGAACACUCAAUAUCCAAAGUACCUGGUCCUGGCGUAUCCCCUCUAUCGUACAAGGAGUUCCACCGCUCGUCCAAGCCGUCGUCGUCUGGUUUAUCCCCGAAUCCCCUCGCUGGCUGCUCGACCACGAUCAAGCCGUCAAGGCUCGGCGUGUGAUUUCCAAAUGGCACUGCGAGGGGGUCGAUACCGACCCGCUCGUGGACUUUGAGUUUACAGAGAUCCAGACGGCACUCGCACUGGAGAAGGAAGCGGCACGAACGACGACCUACAUGGACCUCUUCAAGAACAAGGGCAAUAUCCGGCGCUUCCGCGUCAUUAUCGCCCUCGCCUUCUUUUCGCAAUGGUCCGGCAACGGCAUCGUCUCGUACUACCUCACCAUCGUCCUCAAUGGUAUCGGCAUCACCGAGACCUUCGAGCAGAACCUCCUCAAUGGCUGCUUGCAGAUCUAUAACCUCAUCACGGCGGUUAUCGGGGCGUUGACGGUGGAAAAGGCGGGGAGAAGGGUUUUGUUCCUCACGUCGACAGGAGGGAUGUGUCUGUCCUAUAUGGUCUGGACGAUCCUCUCCGCUACCUACAAUGCCCAGGCGACCGAGUUCGACGCGUCCGGAAACCCGCUGAACGGCCCCCAGUCGAUCGGUAACGGCGUCAUCGCGGUCAUCUUCAUUUACUACGGUUUCUACAAUAUCGCCAUGUCUCCUUUGAUUGUCUCUUACACUGUGGAGAUUUUGCCCUUCCGAAUCCGCUCCAAGGGCCUGAUGGUCUUCCAGAUCUGCGUUUCCUUCUCUCUCGUCUUCAACCAAUUUGUGAAUCCCGUGGCUCUUCAGGCCAUCCAAUGGAGAUAUUACAUCGUUUACACCAUUUGGCUCGCGUUCGAGUUCAUCUACCUCUUCUUCACCGUCGUCGAGACCAAAGGGAAGCAUGGCAUGGCCUUGCCGCUCGAAGAGAUCUCGCGCCUGUUCGAUGGGGACGACGCGGAGGUGGAUCUGCUGGACCAGGGGGUAGUCCCUGGCGCUGCAGGGGACAGGCGUGCGAGCGACGGGACUCUACUGGAUGGAGGGGUCGGGCUGGAGAAGAAGGGAAGUCAAGAGAGGGGUGAGAUUGAGCAGGUGGAGGCUGUACCGGCGCAGGGCGAGAAGCGGUUCUAG